AUGUAUCAAACGUUCAGUCUAGUAGCAGUUCUUUGCGGAAUAUUUCUAUUGCAUUUGACCUCAUGUCAAGGGAAUGGAAACGCUGCGGAACAUUUUCUUAGCGACAACUUUACGCAUCUAGAAUGGCAAUAUAAGACCAUGCUAAAUGUCAUUCUUAAAGAGAAAGCCUACGAAACUUUGCUGUUAAUGCAUCAAUCAUUCAAUGAAGAAAAGUUGUUGGACAUAUUCACCACAUACCAAAAUGAAAAGAUGCCCAAAGUUAUUAUGAGGCCAAAUGGUCAUCUCAACAGUUACAAGACCCUUUUCAAUUCGGAAAUUCUAGCUGUGGUGUUUUUCAAAGGCAAAGUGGAUACAGACUUAAUGAAUGGCUUGGCCCAGGCCUUGGAUUAUAUGCGGCAGACCAGAAUUUUAAUAGUGGCCAUUCGGAUCGAAGAAGAUUUGGAAGACUUUAAGGAGCUGCUACUGAAAUUAUGUGAGACGCAUAAGAUGACAAAUGUUUUGGCUAGCUUGCAUUCUAGUGUCGAGACUAUUGAUGCUAAAGCUGGUGCAUUAUUUAGCCUAAGGCCCUUUCCAAACUAUCAUUGGCAGCCGCUUAGAGCGUUGCCACACCAAGAGUUUGCCCUUUAUCCCAUACAUUGGCUUAACAUGCACAACAAAACUCUGUUGACUUACCCGGAUCAAUCUCCUCCCAAAUCCCUUGUGCACUUCGAUGAACAAGGAGCAAUGCAUAUCAGCGGCUAUGUGGGGCUAUUGGUUUGGACAUUUGCCCAGCAUUACAAUGCCCAUUUGCAGAUGCAGCAACCUUUGGUGGAGGGUAAGGUGGUGCACUUUAUGAUCAUUGCACGCAUGGUAGCUGAUGGCCAGCUAGAUGUGCCCAUGUCCACGGAUGCUGGUGCCACAGGCUCCUGGCACAAUAUGUCCGAUUUUGUUAUAGUGUGUAAGUCCCACUUUAUGGUACCCCUUUCGGCUCAGUUAACCAUCAGAGAAGUUUUCACAUUGCUAUUAAAUGGCCAAUUCUUUGGACCUGUCGUAGUUUUUUCUCUACUGCUUUCUUUUGUGCAUGUCCUCACCGAUCUAGCAUUCGAGGGCACUCUGCAGUAUAUGGACUUGAUUAUCAACUCCAAAGUAAUGCCCGGUGUUUUGGGCUAA